AUGCCAAAUUUAAACCACAAGAGAAGUGCAGUAUGGAAUCAUUUUAGUAUUGAGUCCCUUACUAUUGCUAAAUGUUCUUAUUGUAAGGAAGGUGUUAGUUAUAGUGGUGGGUCAACGAGUAACCUUAUGCGCCAUCUAAAAACUAAACAUGUAACUGUGCUACUUAAAAGACCACUGCUAGUAAAUGAUGACAACAUUGAAUUGACCCAAUGGACCCCGACGUGUCAGCGUCUACAAGUGCCUCUGUAA